AUGUCUGGAAGAAGGCUGAAUCAUCAAGGAUUUUCCACAAUUCUUCAGAAGCAUUCAUUAGGAGGAGGAUCCAAAAAGGGCUCGUCUACCAAAGAGAUUGCCAGAAAAGCAGUGGAAGAGGAAUGGAAGCGCAAUCAGAAGCGAAAACGAUCGGGUCUCGGUGGAGAUUCGUCCGAUGAAGAGGAUGGUGAUGAACGAGAUCGAGGAAAACGUGGACGAAAAAGCCAAAAGGAUGAAGAGGAAGAGGACGAUGAAUUUGAGUUUUCGCAAGACUAUCGGGAUCGAGCCAAGGAGCGUCGGGAAGGAAAGCCUCCUGCUGACACUUUUACUGAUACCAAAGAGGAAUCAGCAUAUCCAACAGAUCCUGCAUUACCUCCUCCUACGAAGGGUUUGAAUCUAUCGCUGGCUAGAAAACUGAGAAAAGAGAUGAAAGAGGCAGGAGCCAAUGGUUCGAAGGAAAGCAACAGGCCAGCGAUAUUUACAGAACUGCCAACGAUGGAACAAGCAAUCAGCACGCUAGAAUCAAUAGCAAGCGAAGAAAUCUCAUUAUCUGCUAGCUUCUUGAUUGAUAGAACUUCUUUGGAUUACAUUCAAGGGCUCGUGAAGCUACAAAACCAGGCUGUGCAAUCUCAGCCUAUCAUUUCUUGCACAUUGGCAGGCAAGAAGAUGCAGCGUUCCCGAUUGGUCGUGAGCCUCAAUGGAAACAUUUCCGAUCUAAAACGGUCCUGGGAGAUUCCCCGUGAGGUGACAAACUCCAACCCUUCCAGCAACAUGGCUCAACCGUGUAUGGAUCUUCCAAUAAUCCAGAAGAUUGAAGCAAUCUUGAAAACCAUUAAGAAGUCUCAAAAUCCUUUUUCAAGUAGAAGGAACAACAAAAUUCUGGAUACAUUUAGACCAUGCGAGGGUGAAGUAGAAGCAGGUAAAACUUCAUCUAAAACCACUCCCGAAAACACCAUUCAACAAUCCGAAGCACAAGCAUCAGACGAAGACGAUGAUGACAUUUUUGGAGGUCUGGAUGAUUACUCCCCUCCAGCACCGUCAGCGAAGCAGUAG